AUGUCGCGCUUACUCGCGCUUAUCGCCUUCCUACUGGGUUACGGUAGCGCUCAAGCCGAGUAUUUGUCAGCGCAAUUAUCAGGUGAGCGAUUUUCAAUUCUCAAUUUGAUGAUUUAGAUUUGAGACGAUUUUAGGAUUCACAAAGGUUAAAGUUUGAAAUUUUAAAAAAUUUAGGUAUCAUUUUACGGAUUUUAAUAAGGAAUGGCAUUCUUUAGUUUUUUUUUCAAAAUGUUUUUGCUAAUUUAAGAUUAUUUUUAACAAAUAAUGCUUUUUUACAUGUAUAGUUUACUAUGUUGCAUUGCAAAACAUUUUCUACUCACCUAACUAAUAAGUCUAACAAAUUGUUUUAGCUCUACAAUUACCUUGUGUUAGUUGUAACCAGUAUUCUAAUUAGUUUAAACUGUUUUUCAGAAGCACCAAGAGUCAGAUGUGGGGAUUCUACUGUCAAAGUGACUCUAUUAUCGACCGAACCGUUUGAAGGAAAUGUUUACGCGAAGGGCUUCUUCAACAAGGAUUCUUGUCGAGUUCGAGGAGAUGGGCAUGGUAAUGUUGUCAACAUUACUAUACCAAUUACCGCUGAUUGUGGAAUGCGGCGACGACGCACGGUAAACAGAUUGUCAUUAUUAACUUAAUUUAUGAGCUAAAACCCAUAUUUUAUAUUGAGAAAGGCUAACUUUUGAUAAAUUAAAAAUGACAGUUUAUAGUUAUCAUACUGUAGUUUUUACUUUUACAGUAAAUUUAAUUUUAAGUUAAGUAAAACUUUACUAUACUUUAAAAUAUAAAGUUACAUUACUUUAUAACCUCAAAGCUCUUCUCACUCACGCGUUAUUACGUAAUAUCACAGUUCAUUUACUACGCGCGACAUUACUUUUACUUUGCAAUUAUACUUUCAGAUAAAUCCGAAAGGAAUAGUAAUCGAAAUGACUUUGGUGUUAAUGUUUCACCAGAUGUUACUAACCAAGAACGACAAAGCCUUCCACAUCGAAUGCAUGUAUCUGGAAUUGUCGCAGAAGAUUACUAACAGGAUCGAUGUCAGGUAACACUUACAUUAACAUAACAGCCCAAUCAAUAAGCUCCUACCUUUUAAACGAGGUUAUGUUACCUAACGUUAUGGAAUAGUUAUGACUAUUACAUAACACACGAUAAUAUUCAACUUUCUAAUUACUGUAACACUUUCAAACUAUACUUAUGUUACAGUAUGUUGCCAGAAACAGAAGUCCGCGACCAGUUGAGUGUAAAAGCAGAAGCCAAUGUACCUAAAUGUAGAUACGAAGUGUUAAACGACCAAAAGAAAAAGUUGGCCUAUGCCAGAAUAGGUCAGGCCAUUUUCCAUCGAUGGUACUGCGAAUGGGACCAGUCGGCUGAGAUUGAAGUAGAUGAAGAUGAUCAUGCCAGAAUGUACUGUCUUACUGUACACAGCUGCGAGGUUGACGAUGGGCAUGGUAAUAUGCAAAAGCUUUUGGAUUACAAUGGGUAAGAGUUUUGUUAUUUUUGCUAAAAAUUUUAAAAAUUGUAAGGUUUUUUGGUUUUACAACGAAAACAUUCAAAUUUUAAUAAGAUUGAAACGAAAUGACGAAUAUUAAUAAUAAUUUUUAAUUUUAAAACUCAAGUAAGAAGUGCCCUAUAUACUGAUAACCAUUAUGAAUAACAAACCAUGUUGUAGAUGUCCGGUGGACAAGGCUUUACUCGGUAAAAUCAACUACAUAUCAGACUUGGAAGCGGAAAAGAAAGGUCUGGUAUUCAAAUUUGCGGACAAACCGACAGUUUACUUCAGCUGUCAGUUGAGGUUGGAACUGAAAAACGAUUUCAGCGAUCAGUGUUUGGUAAGUGCUUCAAGUUCGUCUAGUUUUUAUAUGUUAAUGUUAGCAAACAAUUCACUAGUUGUCAGGGUAUAUAUAGCAAAUACAGUACUUUACCGUAAGAAUUCCGUUUUUAUUGAAAAUUACAGCGUACAUCUGAUUCCUGUGAGAAUCUGGAGCGAGGACAGACUGUAGAAGGGCCGGUGAUAGGGUACGAUCCAUUGUUCCCUACUCCACAAUAUACUGUAGCUCCUGCUGAAGUAAGUUACCCUAAUCUCAAAUACUAAUUUUUAAUAUAAUAUGGCUUUUUAUAACUUUGACAUUUCAGCUACCAGUAGACGACGAAGUAAUGACAUACACAGCUACAGUACCUACACAAACCACCACGAAUCCUCCAAAUGAUUCAGAAUAUGGGUUUGAUGAUACGACAACGGUGGACUGGAUUCAUGGUGACAGAACAGAAUCCACGAUGACAUUUCUGAGCCACAAUUCUGUCGAAGUGGAGCCUUCAACUCAAGAUCGAGAGUUUGAUGAGUAUAACAUUGACAUGGGGAAGAAGGCCAUGGAUCAGAAGAAGAGGUACGGUCUUUCAUAACGUAUAUUUUACACUAAUAUGUUUUGUAGCCAAAGCUUGGACCAGUCGUUGUCAUCAGAACCAGUCUUUGAUGCCCAACUGUCAUCAGAAUCAUUGUUUGAUCGACCAGUCAAGGAUCAACGGUCUUCUUUUGAGUAUAAUGUCAAGACGACAUCGCCCAAGAUGUUUGCCGGACCUUCAAUUGAGUUUGACGUCAACGCUCCUGGGGUAGAUGUGGUUGAAGUUACAGACACAUCUUCUGAAAUGAACAUUACACCUAGUAUGUCUAAGAUACCACGGAAUAUUGCUGAUUAUCAACCACAAAGUCAGGUAAGUUGUAUAUAUUAUGGGGACUCUUACAUAUUCUUUUUUUUAGUUAAUGUGUUAUACUAUUGAAUUUUUGAUAUACAUGUGUUGUUAUAGGUAUGUGUGAAUCGCCGCUUACUGUCGUAUACAGUGAUAGUAACAGUGAGCGGGUUGUUGUUGAUUGUCGUACUCUUGUCAGUACUACUAAUACGUGCUGUUCAAAAGAGUCGCCGGCUCAGUACGGCACAGUGCCAUCGAUACACGGAGAAUGAUUCUGGCGUUCUUUCAGCGUUCUCACCGUGA